UUAUGAAUUGCUUAACACAUAGUGUUCUUUUCAAGUCAUUAUGGACUCGUCCAAUUUAUAGAGCAGGCAAUUUAUACACUUGGGGAGUUCAUAGUUUAGGUUGUGGAAUCAAUUAGGAUUCAUAAAGAGAUUAAUUGAGACCAAGAAGAAUAGAUGCAUUUAAUGGUAAUGUGGCUAAAGUAUAUCCAAGUGAAUACUUUACCGCAGUCAUUACAGGUAUUCAUUUAAUAUUAAAUAAAAAGAUAAUGGUGAUUUAUAUACAUUUGGUCACAAUUAAUAUGGACAAUUAGGCUUAGGCAACACAGAAGAACAUUAAACACCUUAAUUGGUUAAAUUCUUUAGAGAUAAAGGUUUAAAAGUUACUGAUGUGGCUUUGGGAUCAAAUCAUGCAAUUGCUUUAGCUUGUAAUAUCAAUAAUUUUUAAUAUUUAAGCUGAUGGAAAUGUUUAUACUUGGGGAAAUGCAAAUACCUCAUUUUUAGAUUAAUUAUAAGGUAAAGUUAGUGGAUUAGGAGAUAACUAUUAGAAUAAUGUUGUAACUCCUUAAGCAGUUUAAAAAUUAGCUGGAACUCCAAAAGGUAAAUUUGUUAGUGCUGGUAUCAAUCAUUCAAUUGUUGUAAAUGAAAACAAUUAAGUCUAUGUAUGGGGUGCAGGAAAGAGAGGAGAAUUAGGUAAUGGAUGCAGUCUCAAUUUCAAAUAUCCAGAACUUAAUCCUAUAUUUGAAUAAUUGAGUAAAUCUGGUUACACAAUCUAGAAGAUUAAAUCUUGCUUUGCUGGAACAUUAGCAUUAUUAAGUAUAAUCUAUAAUAUUAUGUUUUCAGAUGAAGGAAUAGUUGUUGGAUGGGGUAGAAGUUAUUAUGGUUCAUUAGGAGUCAGAUAAUAAGAAUAUGUAGUAACAGAUUUAGUAAUAUUAUCAAUAUAUACAAUAGGAAAAUUAUGCUCCAACUCCAGUUAAUUUGAAAUACUUCUAACCUAAUGAAAAAGUGAUUGAUUUUGAUCUAGGAUAUAAUCUUUCCUUGUUUUUGACAGAUUAAAAUAGAAUCUAUUUAUCAGGCUAUGAUGAGAGUUAUGUUCCAAGACCCAUUGAUUUACCUAAAGAUGAAAAGAUACUCAAGUUCUCUGCCUCAAAUAACNGUAUAAAUAAUUAAUUAGAUAUUGAAAUAAAUAUUUUAUGAAUUGCUUAACACAUAGUGUUCUUUUCAAGUCAUUAUGGACUCGUCCAAUUUAUAGAGCAGGCAAUUUAUACACUUGGGGAGUUCAUAGUUUAGGUUGUGGAAUCAAUUAGGAUUCAUAAAGAGAUUAAUUGAGACCAAGAAGAAUAGAUGCAUUUAAUGGUAAUGUGGCUAAAGUAUAUCCAAGUGAAUACUUUACUGCAGUCAUUACAGGUAUACAUUUAAUAUUAAAUAAUAAGAUAAUGGUGAUUUAUAUACAUUUGGUCACAAUUAAUAUGGAUAAUUAGGCUUAGGCAACACAGAAGAACAUUAAACACCUUAAUUGGUUAAAUUCUUUAGAGAUAAAGGUUUAAAAGUUACUGAUGUGGCUUUGGGAUCAAAUCAUGCAAUUGCUUUAGCUUGUAAUAUCAAUAAUUUUUAAUAUUUAAGCUGAUGGAAAUGUUUAUACUUGGGGAAAUGCAAAUACCUCAUUUUUAGAUUAAUUAUAAGGUAAAGUUAGUGGAUUAGGAGAUAACUAUUAGAAUAAUGUUGUAACUCCUUAAGCAGUUUAAAAAUUAGCUGGAACUCCAAAAGGUAAAUUUGUUAGUGCUGGUAUCAAUCAUUCAAUUGUUGUAAAUGAAAACAAUUAAGUCUAUGUAUGGGGUGCAGGAAAGAGAGGAGAAUUAGGUAAUGGAUGCAGUCUCAAUUUCAAAUAUCCAGAACUUAAUCCUAUAUUUGAAUAAUUGAGUAAAUCUGGUUACACAAUCUAGAAGAUUAAAUCUUGUUUUGCUGGAACAUUAGCAUUAUUAAGUAUAAUCUAUAAUAUUAUGUUUUCAGAUGAAGGAAUAGUUGUUGGAUGGGGUAGAAGUUAUUAUGGUUCAUUAGGAGUCAGAUAAUAAGAAUAUGUAGUAACAGAUUUAGUAAUAUUAUCAAUAUAUACAAUAGGAAAAUUAUGCACCAACUCCAGUUAAUUUGAAAUACUUCUAACCUAAUGAAAAAGUGAUUGAUUUUGAUCUUGGAUAUAAUCUUUCCUUGUUUUUGACAGAUUAAAAUAGAAUCUAUUUAUCAGGCUAUGAUGAGAGUUAUGUUCCAAGACCCAUUGAUUUACCUAAAGAUGAAAAGAUACUAAAGUUCUCUGCCUCAAAUAACUGUUAUGCAAUAUUAACAGGUAUCAUUUUAAAUAUUAUAUUUAAGACAAGAACUUUUAUACAUCAAAUGAGUAUGUGAUACCAUAAUAGAAAAGAAAUUUAGGAUUCUUAUUCAAAAGUCAACCAAAAGAAUUAUUUAAUAAUGGAAAUAUUGAAUAGUUUGGAGGUGGAUAUAGAGUCAGAUAUGCUAUAGUAAAUAAUUGAA